AUGUCAGAAGGAGAGGCUGAGGAUCUGCGCAGGGACUCUGGUGACUCAAUUGUGAUCAGGCGCAGGAUCAGAAGCUGGGUGUCCAGAGAAGGCGCCUCUUUUAAGGCGCUGCGUACAAUGAGCUCCGUAUCCACAUCCCCACUGCGCUCGGAGGGAUCCAGCUCAUCUCGGUCCAGGUCCAGCUCUCCAGCUCUCAGUUUGGACGUUUAUGGGUCUGGUACCAUGUCACGUGGUCGGACUCCAAGCCCCUGUCCUUCGGAGGAGGAAGUGACCUAUUCGCACCACUUUCAUUUCUUCGUCCAUACGAAAGCUUCGCCGAUGCACUCGGAGGAUGACUCAGAUCAGGGCCAGAGCCAGAGGUUUGCGGUCAAGUCGCCUGCUCAUGAUGCAGCUCCCUGA